AUGGCAUCUGAUUUGAUACAUGCGGCGUUUGGAAAGGAGUCGGCAAACCUGUACGACUUGCUCGGCGUUUCCAACGAUGCGAGUCCUGCUCAGAUCCGAAAGGGGUACUACAAGGCUGCACUGAGAUGGCAUCCAGACAAAAAUCAGGGUUGCAAAGAUGCCACGCAGAGGUUUCAAGCCCUUGGCGAGGUGCAUCACAUUCUAAGCGACCCUGACCUGCGAGCCGAAUACGACGCGACUGGUUGCUACCCAAGCCAAGAGGGGCUGGAAACGGAUUGGCGCACUUAUUUCACACAGCUUUUCAAGCCAGUUACGAAGGAGCGCAUCAGCGAGUUCGAGAAGCAGUACGUUGGCUCCAGCGAGGAGAGAAAGGACGUACUCCGUGCGUACAUUGAGGGAAGCGGGGAUAUUGGCUACAUUGUGGACAAUGUGAUGCUUGCAAACGAAGGGGAUGCAGCGCGAUUCGAAGACAUGGUCGUUGCUGCCAUCGCAUCUGGAGAGGUGGAUCGGUUGCCUGGUCUCGCAAGAUCGGGCAAAGGUUCUGCCCAGGCGAAGAAGAGGCAACGCAAGGCGGCCAAGGAGGCUUCGGAGGCCAAGCGGACAGCAGCACCGGAGCGCGGAAUCAGUGAAUUGGCGAGCGCCAUCCGUUCUCGUCAGGAGAGGUCUCAAGGCUUUCUGGCGCAGCUGGAAGAGAGGUACAGCUCUGGCACGAAGCGGCCGCGAACAGCCAAGAAACGACCAGCAGCAGCCUGA